CUCUUUUUGUGUGACAUCACUCCCACUUGCUUGACUUGAAACCAGAGGCGAGGUUUAGGGUUUGGGGAACAAGUCCAGGAAGCUGCGUCCACUGAUAAGACAAAAAACGACUUUACUGCAUGGUGUGUGUCCGAACACACCUUAACUCCUGGAAAUGGCAGGUCGCUGUGGACUGACGACCCUGCUGCUCUGGGCUUGGAUCGUCGCUUUGGCCAACUGUCAAGAACUAACUUCAGAUGCAACCAAUGUUUCAACCACCUUACCUCCACGCACCAGCACAAAUUCCCCUUCAGCAUUCAGUUCAAACAGCACCUCAACUCCACGCACCAUGACAGAAACUGCUGUCAUAUCUCCAGACAAUCAAACAACUGCCCACAAACCUCCACUCACCACUCCAACACUCACCUCAAACUCACCAAUGCCUGCAACAUAUUCAACUAAUAUAUCUGCCACUACUGCUCCUCCUACAAUCACCACUGCUCCUCCUACAAUCACCUUACCCUCAUCCAAACCCAUCACCACACCCACACCGACAAACACCUCUCAAACCCAGCCUCAACCUCCAAUCACCACGUCCAACACAUCAGUGACUCCUAACGCCACAGCCAAGACUCCAGCCCCUCCACCUCUGGAGUGUUCUUACACGGUCACACCCAGCAACUCUGGCUUAGACAUUACCAUGAAUAAGAACUUUACGACGGGCAACUACACCAUCAUCAUCAAAGAAACGGGCCAACCAGAUACUGGAAACAACGAUCCUUUUCUGUUCUCCGAAAACUCAACACAUGAAAUCAAACACCUGAAGCCCUGCACUGAGUAUGAGCAUGAUGUGGCAUUUAUUGAUGCUGCUGGCAAAAAAACACCCUGUAACUGCACCACACAAACGAAUACAACUAAGACAAACGAAUGGAAAGAAGGUGAUAUUAAAAAUGGCAGCUGCAUGCUUGGAUAUGUUUGUUACCGUAGUGACUGGGACAUCAGCUCUUCACUAUCAACGUCAAAUAAUAUUUCAGCUGAGCCGUGCAAAAGUGACAAAAAUGUGAUCUGUUUCAAACCUCAUUACAAUGACAUUUGCACCAAUUUGACUACGAAGUUCACUUCAGGAAACUGUAACGCCUUGAGCCUCACCAGAAGCAUCACUACUGAGUUCUUAAAUCCAAGUGAAAUAAAUCAAACAAGUCCAACUAAACUUCCUGCAGAAAUAAAAACAGAUUUGCCUCGAAACUGCACGAAUCUCAAGAUCACUUACAGCUGUCAGGAAGUUGGAAAACCCGAUGAGCUGAAGAAUCUUACUGACCUGGAGCCCUACACAGACUACAGCUGUACCGGUCAGAUCACGGACAACAAUGUCAACAUAAAAAACACAACUGCUAUCAAGUUCAGGAUUGAAUGUGAUCUUAAAAUGAACAUCAAAGUGACAAGUGUCACCAACACCUCCAUUGCUCUGAGUUGGACCACAGCCAGUGAGAAAUGUGGAGUUGUCCUUCCUGAACUUCAGAAGCUUUCUUAUGAGUGCAGCUGUAAACCUACUCAAUCAUAUGAGAAAACUGCUCAAGCUGACAAAAAUCCAUCUGGAGGAACAUGUAAAAUUGAUCGGCUGAAACCAAACACCGAGUAUAAGUGUGCAGUCCAACCCAAAUACAACAACUACGUUCCUGAAAGAACUCAUGUAAAACCGACUAGGACAAAUAUUGGAGUGCCAGGAGAAAUUAAGAACCUGAAGGUGCAUCUUCCAGAGCAUAACGUGAUUAACGCAACCUGUGAUCCUCUAAAUCCAACUGAUUUUAAUGGACCUAGGAAGUAUUACGUCGCACGUCUUUAUAGUGGUGAUGUCCUGAAUAAGAUUCUGAACCAAAGCGAAUGCAAGUUUGAAUUCAAAGAUUUAAGCUACUCAACCGAAUACAAACUGCAGGUGACUGCUUCCAAUGGACAAUACGAGGGCAUUCCCAGCGGAGUACCUGUCACCACUUCCUAUAAUGACAAAGCUGUCAUUGGGUUUUUGGUCUUCCUCAUCAUCCUCACGUCUGUGGCCCUGCUUCUGGUCGUCUACAAGAUUUACGUUCUGAGGCGCAGACAGUCCCAUAACCUGGGUGAAAGCAUGUUGCUUAUUACUACAGCAAACGACGAGGAGAAUCUUCUGGCAGUGGAGCCGAUCGCAGCAGAGGUCCUGCUGGAAACCUACAAGAGGAAGCUUGCUGAUGAGGGAAGACUCUUCCUGGCUGAGUUUCAGAGCAUGCCCAGAAUCUUCACGAGGUACACCGUGAAAGAGGCCAAAAAGGCGUGCAACGUCCCCAAGAAUCGCUACGUGGACAUCCUGCCAUAUGAUUAUAACCGUGUUCAGCUGACCACUGGAAAUGGGGAGACAGGCUGUGACUACAUCAAUGCCAGCUUCAUCGAUGGGUACAAGGAAUCCAAAAAAUACAUCGCAGCACAAGGGCCAAAGGAAGAGACUGUCAGUGACUUUUGGAGGAUGGUGUGGGAGCAGCAGUCCUCUAUCAUCGUUAUGGUAACACGUUGUGAAGAAGGAAACCGGGUCAAAUGUGCGCAGUACUGGCCGUCUCGAGACCGCGAGGCAGAGAUCUUUGAGGAGUUUAUUGUGAAGCUGAACUCAGAGGACCACUGCCCAGAUUACACCAUCCGCCAUCUCAGCCUUACUAAUAAGAGGGAGAAGAACUCAGAGAGGGAAGUGACUCACAUCCAGUUCAUGAGCUGGCCGGACCACGGCGUCCCCGGAGAGCCACAUCUGCUCCUGAAACUGAGGCGGCGCGUCAAUGCGUUCAAGAAUUUCUUCAGCGGCCCCAUCGUUGUUCACUGCAGCGCGGGGGUCGGCAGGACAGGCACAUACAUUGGUAUUGAUGCCAUGAUGGAGUGUCUGGAGGCGGAGGGCAGAGUCGACAUCUACGGUUAUGUGGUCAGACUCCGCAGACAGAGAUGUCUAAUGGUUCAAGUAGAGGCCCAGUACAUCUUGAUACACCAGGCGCUGCUGGAGCACAAUCAGUUUGGAGAGACUGAGACCACUGUGUCCGAGCUCCACAGCACCCUGAGCACGCUCAAACAGAAAAACUCCAGCAGUGAACCCACCUUAUUGGAGGAUGAGUUUGAGAGACUCCCCAUCUAUAAAAACUGGAGGACAUUCAACAAGGGGCUCACAGAAGAGAACAAGAAGAAGAAUCGCUUUACUUCUGUCAUCCCAUAUGACUACAACCGAGUGUUGCUGAAAUUAGAUGAAGGACGCAGUCGUGACAGUGACCCUGAUGACGAGGAAGAGGAAGAAUCAUCAGAUGAGGAGGAAGAGGAUUCAUCUAUGUACAUCAAUGCCUCCCACAUAGAUGGGUACUGGGGCCCACAAAACUUCAUCGCAGCGCAGACCCCCCUGCCGGACACCGUGGCUGACUUCUGGUUGAUGGUUUACCAAAAGAAAACAUCUGCAAUCGUCAUGCUCUCAGACAGCAGUGAGGAGUCUAACUCUGUCUACUGGGACAAAGAUAAGAAAACAUUUGGGGACUUCGAGGUGGAAGUGGAAAGCACAGACACCUCCCCAACUUUCAUCACCCGCAACAUGCUGCUCCGUCACGUCAAGAGGAAAGAGACUCGGUCGGUGAAACAGUUCCAGUUCCUGACGUGGUCCAACAACGAGCUGCCGGAGAAAGCUCAGGAGCUCACGGACAUGAUCAAGGACAUCAAGCAGAGCUGUGGAGGAGGAAAAUCACAGAGGAACUCACCCGUUGUGGUCCACUGCAAUAAUGGCUCAUCCCGGUCAGGGAUUUUCUGUGCUCUGUGGAACCUGCUGGACAGCGCUGAGACUGAGAAGCUGAUGGAUGUUUUCCAGGUGGCCAAAACCCUGCGCAAGGAGAGACAAGGCAUGCUGUCCAACCUGGAGCAGUACCAGUUCUUGUACGAGGCCCUGGAGGGGGUCUUCCCUGUUCAGAACGGGGAACUGAAAGCAGUCCAGGCCUCUUCAGUCGACUCCGUCCAGGUUGUGAAUGAAACCAAAGCAGCAGAGAAGCCAGCAGGAGAGAAGGCUGCCAGCACUAUCAGCAAUGACCAGCAGGGGGCAGCAGAGAGCUCUCCUCUUGUGGCUGAUGGUGGGAAGGAAGACAAAAAAGAGGAGCCCGAAGAGGUUUCCAGUGUCCCCAUAGAGACCACCCCUCUGCAGGACACCAGCAACGGAGCCACGGUUACUGUGGAGGUCUGAGGGGUCGCAGGUGGAUGCUGUGACUUUUACUUUUAGGAAAUAAGUGCUUCAGCUGAAUGCUUUCUUUUAAUUAUGUUAUGAAUGUAUAAACAUUGUAAAGCAUUUUACAACGUGAUGUUUUUGUUAAGAUUUGUUACAGAAUUGGAUCAAAUAUUGUAUUGUCAAUUUGCAAAAAUAUCAUUUAAAUUAAGUUAUAAAUAUUUUCUUAGAAAAGCUGUAAGAAUGCAAAUAAUAGGUACCGUGAGUGGAAAUGCUGUUGUCAAACUAGGGGCCUUGGUAAGAGAAUACAUAGUAGAUACGUUAUGUAAGUUUUUGCUUUAUAACCCUCUUUAAAAGUGCAUGGUGCGUUUAUUAACUUUAAUAUAAUACUUUAUUCAAUUGACAUUCAUUUUAAAACCACCAUGCACUUUUUUUCCCCUCAACAAAAACAAAUGCUUGAGUCUGCAUUUAUAUAUAUAUAUAUAUAUAUAUGGCUUGUUUGAAUAAUUGAGUUGUUUAUUUUAAAAUGUUUUAUGUGUCAUUGUGUCAUUUCAUUAAAGGAGACUUACAAAAAAAGAG